AUGAGGGGUCACCUCCCCUGCCUGGGCCUAGUGCUGCUCCAUCUCCUCCAGAGCUGGGGCCAGUUGCUGCAGUCGAGGACGCCCCCGUCCUCCUUCCAGUUCACUGACGGCAUCUACAACUCCACCAUUUACGAGAACUCCGCCGCCAGGUCGUAUGUCCGUAGCGAGGUGAAGAUGGGCAUCUCCCUGGUGGGUCGGCGCUCCAUGGACAUCAUGUACGCCAUCGAGGCAGGCGAUGAUGAGGGGCUUUUCCAGGCCGAGGAUUAUAUCUUGGGAGACUUCUGCUUCCUCAGGAUACGGACUAAUGGAGGGAGUGCCGCCAUUUUGAAUCGUGAAGUCCAGGAUAAUUACACGCUAAGUGUGAAAGCCACCAGCAAAGGUGGCCUGGAGGCAUUCGCUAAAGUGAACGUGCAAGUUCUUGACAUGAAUGACCUUCGACCUUUAUUCUCGCCCACCUCCUACUCUGUAGUUGUUCCCGAGAGUGCCCCUCUGGGUGCUAGUGUUGCCCAGGUGACUGCCACUGACGCCGACACAGGUUCCAAUGGAGAGUUCUACUACUUCUUUAAAGAGCGUGUAGAAAUAUUUGCUGUCCAUCCGACCAGUGGCGUUAUUUCUCUGAUUGCCAGACCUGACGCCAGCUCCCAAAACAGAUAUGAACUCGACGUCCUGGCUGUUGACAGAGGGAUGAAGGUUUAUGGAAACAACGGAGUCAGCAGCACGGCCAAAGUAAUUAUCACAGUGGAACGGGUCAAUGAGUUUGCACCAGUUUUGAACGCUGUCGCCCUCACCCCAUCUUUGGCAGAUAAGGAUCCGAUAUAUGCUGUAAUCACUGUGGAAGAUUUAGAUGAUGGGCUGAAUGGAGACAUAGAAUGGGUCUCCAUCAUAGAGGGAGACCCACAGGAACAGUUUGUUAUUGAUCGAUCUGCUGUUGGUAAUGAAUACAGGGUUAAGAUGUCUGAAUCGGUAGCCUGGGAAAAAUUUCCAUACGGUUGCAAUCUCACGCUCCAAGCGAAGGAUCGAGGUAUGCCGCCCAAGUACUCCAAUGUGCAGUCUAUUCAACUAUUGAUUGAGAAGCCACAGGCUGUCCCGGUCAGAUUUGAAAAAGACAUUUACAGUGUAACACUGAAUGAGAUUUCCCCACCUGGGACCAUCGUUGAGACGGUCAGGGUCACGCCUCAGCUGAAAGGCGUGGGCUACAGUUUGACAUACACAGCAGAGUCGGAUUAUUUUAUCAUUAACAGCCGAACAGGUGUGGUCACCACCGCCAGGAGAUUCACCACAAUGGUCCAAGAUGCGUUUGAGCUUGAGGUGAUGGAGACUCGCUCGGAGCUGAAAGUAAAGGUGCAAGUUAGCAUACAGGAUGCCAAUGACAACAGUCCUAUCUUCGCCAGGACGUCGUACGAUUUGGUCAUCAACGAGAGUUUGCCGGUGGGGACUGUGAUACAGGUGAUAUCUGCCACAGAUGCUGAUGCAGGGGAGAAUGGAUACUUAACGCACAGUUUGGCCGGCGCCCUGUCAUCACCUUUCAGCAUUGACCAGAACACAGGUGAGCUGAGGGUAACACAAGAUCUCGACUUUGAGACUUCGGCUGAGACGUUCCAAUUCGCUGUCAGGGCCUCAGACUGGGGCUCUCCUUACCGACGGGAGAACGAGGUCAAUGUCACUGUUCGCCUCCUGAACAUCAAUGACAAUCCACCUCUGUUUGAGCGCACAGAGUGCAAAGGGGUGAUUGGACGGGAUUUCCCUGUGGGGCAGACGAUCAUGGCCAUGUCAGCUGUAGAUGUGGAUGAGCUGGAGACGGUCAAGCACAAGAUAGUGUCAGGUAAUGAGCAAGAUUUGUUUAACCUGAACCCAGACUCUGGGAUUCUGUCCUUACGCCGGUCACUCAUAUCAGUUGGAAUAGGAAGUGGACAGUUCUCCUUGGUUGUCGUGGCGACAGAUGGAGAGCUCUUUUCAGAGACUACCUUUGUGAAUAUCUCUGUUUCCAGGGGAAGUGCACCAUCUAGGAAGUUCAACUGCAAGGACACAGGGGUUGCUCUGAUAUUAGCCGAGAAACUCCUCAAGAAAGCCAAAGCCAUGAAUAAGCGCAAAAUGGAUGACACCUACACAGACAUCUUCUCCGUCAACAGACAAUCCCCACAAUUUGAGACCUUUCCCUCUGAUAUAUUAGUGCGCGAGGACUUACCUACUGGAGCCAGUGUGUUCAAAGUCAAAGCACAAGAUGGUGACACAGGCUUUAAUGGGCGCAUUAUGUAUGCUAUAUCUAGUGGCAAUGUUGACAGUUGCUUCAACAUUGACAUCGAAAGUGGUUUAAUAACGGUCUAUCAACCGUUAGACCGUGAAAAGAAUGACCGGUAUGUCCUUAAUAUAACUAUAUAUGAUUUAGGUCUUCCUCAGCGAGCCAACUGGAGGCUACUGACUGUAAACAUUGAGGAUGUGAAUGACAACAGUCCUCAGUUCCUACAGGAUAGCUACACUGUUAGCAUCCCAGAGAACAGAGCCAUUGGCAGUGAGGUGAUUCAGGUGACGGCCGUGGACAACGACUUAGGUUCAAAUGGAGAAAUCUUCUACACCUUACUCACCAGUGCCCCUCAGUUUGGCAUCAACAGAGAGAGUGGCGCCGUUUACGUCACGGCACAGCUGGACCGGGAGACGGUCUCAGAUUUUACUCUGAAGGUGGAAGCGAGAGAUAAAGCUGAAGAGGGCAACCAGAUGUUCUCCGUCACCACUCUGCGGAUCUUUCUAGAUGAUGUCAACGACUGUGCCCCAGUGUUCAUCCCCAGCAGCUACAGCUGCCGGGUGCUAGAGGACCUCCCCAUGGGAGCGGUGAUCGCCUGGAUACAGAUGCAGGACCGCGACCUGGGCCCGGGAGGGUCCGUCACGUAUUCCCUGACCAACGACUUCUCGGGGACGUUCGAGGUUCACCCCGAGAGCGGGGCAGUCAGGGUAGCCAAAGACCUGGAUUACGAGACUCAACAGUUCUACAACCUCACAGUGCUGGCAGAGGAUGGUGGCUCGCCAGAUAAGCUCCAGUCUGUGUCUUAUGUCGAGGUGGAGGUGGUGGACGUGAACGAGAACUUGUUCGAGCCUUACUUCACAGACUUCGUCCUCCGGGGGUUUGUGAAGGAGAACUCACGCCUCGGCACGAGCGUCAUGCAGGUGUCUGCCCGGGACGAUGACAAGGGUCGAGAUGGAGUCGUCCGAUAUGCCGUAAAAGCAGGAAGUGGCCUCGGAAGAUUUUCCAUCGAUGAGGAAACAGGCCUCAUCUACACAACGGGUACUCUGGACUGUGAGACCCAGGACUCGUACUGGCUGACUGUUUAUGCCACUGACAGGGGUGUAGUUCCCCUCUCCACCUCCAUCGACGUCUUCAUCCAAGUGGAGGACGUCAACGACAACGCUCCGUUGACCUCCGACCCCAUCUAUCACCCUUACAUCCCGGAGAACUCUCCCAAAGACGUGUCCGUCAUUCAGAUCCAGGCUGAGGACCCUGACGCCACAGCGGUCAGCAGUCGCCUGACCUACAGGAUAACGGCGGGGAAUCCGCAGAACUUCUUCGCCAUUGGUCAGAGCACAGGACUCAUCACCACCACAUCCAGGAAGCUGGACCGUGAACAACAGGCCGAACACUUCCUUGAGGUGACUGUUAUGGAUGGGAGUGGGACCUCUCGGCAGGCCACCGUGUGGGUCAUCGUCCACAUCCAGGACGAGAACGACAACAAGCCCGAGUUCCCCGAGACGGUCUACCGCAUCAGCGUCCCGGAGAGGGGACGCAGCAAGCGGGGGGACCCCAUCUACCGGGUGUUCGCCUACGACAGAGACGAGGGGGCCAACGCCGACCUGACCUACAGCAUCGUCGACGGCAACCAGGACGGCAAGUUCUUCAUCGAGGCCAAGACGGCCAUGGUGUCGUCCAGGAAGAUGGUCACGGCAGGCAGCUAUGACAUCCUCACGAUAAAAGCAACAGACAAUGGCAACCCCCAGAAGUUCUCCACCACCCGCCUCCAUAUUGAAUGGAUCCGCAAGCCGCUCCCCUCGUCGUCCCCCCUGCUGUUUACGGCUCCUUUCUUCAACUUCAGCAUCCCGGAGAACGCCAAGGUGUCCGAGACCGUGGGGACAGUGUCCGUUCACCAGAACACCAUACCACUGUGGUUUGAUAUCUCCGGUGAUUAUGAUGGCCCGUUUGACAUUAAAAGAGGAGUAGGAACCAUUGUGAUCGCGAGGCCUUUAGACGCAGAGACCCAGUCCCUGUACAACAUGACUGUACAGGUUACAGAUGGUACCAACACUGCAACAGCUCAGGUGUUCAUCAGAGUCCUGGACAGCAACGACAACGCUCCGGUCUUCUCCCAGCCUUCGUACGACAUCACCGUCUCCGAGGAGACUCCGGCGGACACGGAGGUCUUAAGGGUGUCCGCCACAGACCUGGACAAGAGGGCCAAGCUGAGCUACUCCAUCCACGGCAGCGUGGACCCAGCCAGCAUGAGGAUGUUCCAGAUCAACCCGGGCACUGGGGCGGUGUACACUGCGGACCGGCUGGACUUUGAGGCCCGCACUCAACAUGUCCUCACCAUCAUGGUGAAGGAUCAGGAGUUUCCGUACUACAGAGAUCUGGCUAGAAUCUUUGUGGUGGUGGAGGAUGCAAAUGAUCAAGCCCCUUAUUUCACAAGCACAGUGUACGAUGGGGUGGUGUUCGAGUCUGCUGCAGUUGGAACAGCAGUUCUGCAGGUCACUGCACUUGACAAAGACAACGGCAGAAAUGGAGAACUAAUCUACACUGUUGAAGCAGGAAACACAGGAGGUGCUUUUAACAUCGACCCGCUCACUGGAGUCCUGUCUGUGGCCAGAGAGUUGGACCUCACCUCGGUAGGGUACUACGUGGUCACCGUGCGGGCAAUCGAUGGUGGCACGCCGCCCCUCAGUGCCACUGCCACAGUCAGGAUCGCCGUCGCUCUGUCCGUCAUCUCCAGCCCCAAGUUUACCCAACAGGAGUACCAAGCUGAGAUCACAGAGAACGUGGCGGUGGGGAGCUACGUCACCACCAUCAGUGCCAUCAGCCGAACGGCACUCAUCUAUGACAUUGUCCAGGGGAACAGCGAAAGGAGAUUUAGCAUCAACCGCUACACUGGGGUCAUUACGACGCAAAGGUUCCUUGACUUUGAGGCUUCAGCAUUCUACACACUUAUCAUAGAGGCAGUGAACAUGGCAGGGAUAGCCUCCAAUGCCACUGUCUCCAUACAGAUAGUGGAUGACAAUGAUAACCCGCCAGUGUUCUGGCAGCUGAGAUACACAGGGACUAUCAGUGAGGCUGCCCCCGUUAACAGUGUGGUUAUGAGUGACAAUGGCAGCCCACUGGUGAUCCAGGCUGUGGAUGCGGACCGGAACCAGAAUGCCCUCCUGGUCUUCGAUAUUGUCGAGGAUACCGCCAAAUCGUUUUUCACUGUGGACUCCGGAACAGGAUCGGUCAGGACCAUUGCCAACUUAGACUACGAGACCUCUUCAGAGUUUUACUUUCGGGUGAACGUGAGGGAUAGUGGGAGGCCUCAGCUGACUGCUGAGAGACCGGCAGAGGUUGUCAUCAAGAUCACAAACACGAACGACGCUCCCCCCAAGUUUUCCCAGGAGGCCUAUGAUGCCGUCCUGCUCCUCCCCACCUAUGCUGGUGUGGAGACCCUAAGAGUCGAGGCCUCUGACCCAGACUCCAGUGGACAGGCUAGUGACCUUAUCUACUCCCUGGCUGACAACAGCAUAGACCAGUUUGCCAUGGACCCUUCAACCGGGGUGCUCUCGGUGAGAAACAGCAGUCUCUCCAAGGACCGCUACCGCUUUAAUGUGAAAGCUUCCGACGGGCGUUUCUUCAGCACGGCGUCGGUGACGGUGGUCGUGAGGGAAGCUAUGGACAGCGGACUUGUUUUCAGCCAGCCUUCCUACGUGUCAUCAGUGCUGGAGAACAACGUCAACGUCACCACAGUUGCUGUGGUCAACGCCGUUGGCAGCCGGCUUAACGAGCCCCUGAAGUACACCCUCUUGAAUGCUGGGGUUCGCUUUGCUGUUAGACCCACAUCGGGAGUCAUCCAGACCACAGGGAUCCCGUUUGACCGCGAGGAACAGGAGUCGUACGACUUGGUGGUGGAGGCUAGUAGAGAGUACGACCGGUUGCGAGUGGCGAGGGUGACUAUUACCGUUCAGGUGGAGGACGUAAAUGACAAUGCCCCAGAGUUCAUCGGCUUGCCAUACUACGCCACUGUGCAGGUGGACGCUGAGCCUGGCUCGCCAAUUUUCAAGGUGUCUGCCACAGACCGUGAUAAAGGUGUCAACGGAGAGGUGUUCUACACACUGAAGGAGGAGCACAGGAACUUUGAGAUCAACCGUCUAACAGGCGAGCUUCUCUUGAAAAGGUCCUUCGAUGCUGAUCUGUCAAAUGUGGAAUAUAAAGUGGUUGUCCUUGCCUGGGACGGAGGCUAUCCAUCACUCUUCACUGCUGUGGAUGUGCCUGUAACGGUCGUUAACAAGGCCAUGCCUGUCUUUGAAAAGCCCUUUUAUGGAAUAUCAGUCCUAGAGGACAUCCCAGUAUCGACUCCUAUUCUCAGCAUCAACGCCACCAGCCCUGAGGGUCAGAAUAUCAUAUACACAAUUGUGGACGGAGACCCCUUCCUUCAGUUUGACAUUGGCUUCGACAGCGGGGUCAUCAGUGUUGUCUACCCUUUAGAUUUUGAGGUCAACCCCUACUACCGCUUGACAGUGCGAUCCACAGACACCGUUACGGGGGCAAGGUCAGAGGUUGAUGUGGACAUCGCUGUGCUGGAUGUUAACGACAAUGCUCCCAUCUUCGAGAAGUCAUCUUACACAGCCACGAUUGCUGAGAACUCAAUGAUCAGCGCUGCUGUUCUGCAGAUUUUGGCCACUGACAAAGAUUCGGAGAAGAACAAUUUGAUCCGCUAUCAGAUUUUGUCCGAUGCCUUCAACAGUACAGAGUAUUUCAUUGUUGACAGCAGCAGUGGCCUUGUCCUCACCACCCGCAUGCUUGAUUAUGAGCAAACACAGCGUUAUAGCUUCAUCGUAAGAGCAACAGACAAUGGGGACCCUGCACAAAGCAGUGAGGUUUCUGUCACCGUCCUGGUCAUUGACACUAACGACAAUCCUCCAGCGUUUAAUCAACCUCUCUACGAUGCCUUUGUGAGCGAACUUGCUCCGAGGGGCCAUUUUGUGACCUGUGUCCAGGCGUCAGAUUCAGACAGCUCGGAUGCGGACCGACUGAGAUACAGCAUCCUCUCAGGAGACGACAGGAUGAACUUCUUCAUGGGCGCUGAAACGGGAAUCAUCACUCUAUCCAAUCAGCGUCGACAGGGAAUGAAAUCUCUCUACAACCUGAACGUGUCUGUGUCUGACGGCGUGUUCACGAGCACUGCACAGGUGAACAUCCGCGUUCUUGGGGCUAACCUUUACAGCCCGGUGUUCAGCCAGAGAUUCUACCUGGCCGAGGUGAAAGAAAACGCCCCAGCCGGUUCCCGGGUUAUACAAGUCAGAGCAACAGACGAGGACUCUGGGCUCUUUGGACAGAUUGUGUACUCCUUUAUCAAUGACAUUGGGAAGACUCAGUUCAACAUUGCUCCGAACGGUCUGAUCACUACAGCACAGAAGCUGGACAGGGAGAGCCCGGCGAACAGAGACAUAGUGUUGACUGUCAUGGCGUUGGAUGGGGGAGGUCGAGCGUCCUUCUGCACCGUUCGUGUGAUACUUGCCGAUGAAAAUGACAACGCCCCUCGUUUCCGUGCGGUGGAGUACAGGGUGAGCAUCAAAGCCAACGCCCCCAUGGGCUCUCUGGUGACUCAGAUCCAAGCCCAGGAUCCUGAUGUGGGCACUAACGGCCGGGUGAGCUACUCGCUCUACAGCGAGGCCCGGCUUCCCCUCGUGGAUGUUCUGGAGAUAGAGCCGGACAGCGGCUGGAUGGUGACCAAGGGCAGCGUGGCACACCUGAGAGGGACGGUCUUGUCUUUCUUUGUCAAGGCCACAGAUGGAGGAACCCCUGCCAAGCACUCCCUCGUGUCGGCCUUCAUCCAUGUGCUCCCUCCUGAGGCAACCAUUCCCUCCUUCACUCAGCCUCAGUACUCCUUUACGAUACCAGAAGAUACGCCCGCGGGAACAGCGCUGGGUUCUGUCUACCUGAGCCUGGGCCAGACCGGAACGUUUGCUGUGGUGAACGGAGAAACCGUGGAGAGCAAUCUCGGAAGCACGUUUCUAGUCGAGCGGGAAACAGGACUCAUACGGCUAGUGAAGGCGCUGGAUUAUGAGGCUGUCAGCAACUUCCGCUUCAAGGUCUCGGCCACUAUGAGGCAGGACUUUGUCGAGUCCAUCUCCGUGGUGGACGUGGAGGUGAAGGUCCUGGACAUCAACGACAAUCAACCCACCUUCGAGACGAGCGCGUACGUGGCCAUGGUUAUGGAGGGAUUGCCCAUUGGCACCAGGGUGAUCCAGGUGAGGGCUCUAGACCCCGAUUGGGGAUCCAAUGGGCAAGUCACCUACAGCCUUGGGACGAUGGAUAAUGCAGUGAUGGACCCGAUGUCUAGUACCAAUGCAAUGUUUGCUAUUGACAGUAAGACAGGAUGGAUCACCACCCUUGGAGUGUUGGACCAUGAGACGGCCUCCUCUUACGCUUUCAGCAUUGUGGCCUCUGAUCUCGGAGAGCUUGAGUCGUUGUCCUCCACAGCUGUGGUGAGCGUUACUGUUGCUGACGUGAACGACAACCCACCGACGUUUGAGAGGGACUACUACAGGGGUGCGGUUAGGGAGAGCGACCCACCUGGCGAGGUCGUGGCCGUCCUGAGCACCAGAGAUGGAGACACUUCAAACCAGAACCGCCUCGUCAGUUUCCACAUUGCAGGUGGCAAUCCCAAAGGAGCUUUUGCUCUCACCCCAGUGAAGGGAGAGUGGAAGGUGUUUGUGAAGCGGCCGCUUGACCGUGAAGCGCAGGACUUGUACAUCCUCAACAUCACAGCCAGCGACGGCCUCUUCAUGACCACCGUGGGAGUCGAGGUCACCAUCAUGGAUGCCAAUGACAACAGCCCUGUCUGCGAGACGGAUCUCUAUGAGAGCUCAAUCCCUGAAGAUGUGCCCAUCAACAAAGGCAUCCUGACUGUGCUCGCCACAGACAAUGAUGUUGGCACCAAUGCAGACAUUCAGUAUUCACUAUUUGGCAUAGGUGUUGAGGACUUCUACAUGGAUGCCAGUACAGGUGAGUUGAAGACAGCCAAUGCCCUUGACCGGGAGAGGACUUCCGUCUAUAAGCUGAUAGCCCAGGCUGCAGACGGCGGGGGCCUGUUCUGUCGCUCCGAGAUCUCCCUGACUGUGCUGGACGUGAAUGACAACCCACCGUCCUUCACUUUCACUCAGUACCUGGCCAGUGUCUUUGAGAACGCCUCUCCCAAAGCACUCAUCACUCGGCUGCAAGCCAACGACCUUGACGAAGGUGUAAACAGGAAGGUGGUGUACUCUCUGCUUGACUCUGCUGAUGGUGUGUUUUCUAUUGACGCCUCCUCUGGUGUCGUCGUUCUGGAAAAGUCUCUGGACAGAGAGGUGCAGGAAACGUUUAAGAUCAGGGUGCAGGCGUCCGACCGCGACGCUGCCCAGGGUGCUCUGUCCUCCGUGGUGGACCUCACCGUCAUGGUGCUGGACGUCAACGACAACCCGCCCGUCUUCCAGAAGCCGGACUACGCCAUCACCAUUCCAGAGGACGUCGCCGUGGGUGCCGAGGUGCUGCGAGUGUUUGCCGUGAGUGAUGACAUCGGAGCCAAUGGCGAGAUCUACUACAGCAUCCGCUCUGGCAAUGACGACGGGAAGUUUGCUAUCGACGUAGCCAAAGGCACCAUCACUAUAGCCGAUGACCUGGACUUUGAGGUAUGCAAGGAUUACUUCCUGAAAGUGGAAGCCUGGGACGGCGGGAACCCACCCCUGAGUGCCACCGCCAUGGUAACUGUCGAGCUGAUGGACGUGAACGAUAACGCCCCCUCCUUCAGCGAGGAAAUCUACAACGUGAUAAUUAGCGAGGACGCCAGCAUCGGGGAGACGGUGAUCCGGCUGAUGGCCGAGGACAUGGACAGCCAGGUGAAUGGACGCAUCACUUACUCCAUUCUGAGGGGCGACCGCAGGAACCAGUUCUGGAUUGACCCCAUAACAGGACUCCUGAGAGUCAACAAGGAAUUGGACAGAGAAACGGUCUCCAGCUACUCCCUGGCUGUCCAGGCGUUUGACAGCGGCUCUCCGGCCAUGUCCUCCACCGUCACCAUCAACGUGGAGAUUUCUGACGUGAAUGACAACCCGCCCGUCUUCUCCCCAGCCAAUGCCACUGCUGUCAUCCAGUUGGACCAACCAGUGGGCAGCAGCAUCCUGAAGCUGAUGGUGACGGACAAAGACUCGCCUCGUCACGGCCCUCCUUUUCAGUUCAACAUCCUGUCUGGCAACGAGGAUGGAACCUUUGUCAUCGACCAAUCAGGAGAGCUCCGCUCCAGCCGCAUGAUUGGUCCAGAGGCCACCAGAGAGUACACUCUGGAAGUCCAGGCGAGCGACUCGGGGAAGCCUUCUUUAUCGUCCAGCUCAUUUGUGUUUGUGCGUGCCAUCGGGGACAGCCUGUUCAAGCCGGUGACCAACCCGCUGGACAUCCGGGUGGUCAUGCCCACGGACGCGUUCCCCGGCGGCGUGAUCGGCCGCAUCUUCGCCACCGACCGCGACGUCAACGACGUGCUCUCCUUCACGCAGCGGCCGCGGCCCAAGAGCCUGUUCAAGAUCAACCGGCAGGACGGCAAGAUCGUGGCGCUGGCCGGCCUGGAGCCCGGCCGCUACUUCCUCAACGCCACGGUGAGCGACGGCCGCUUCUCGGUGACGGCCGACGUCAGCGUGCUGGUGGAGCAGGCCACGGACGAGAUGGUGCGCGCCGGCGCCACCCUCCGCUUCCAGGACGUCAGCCCCGAGGACUUCGUGGGCAUCCACCUGCCCAAGAUGAGGGCCAUCCUGCAGAGCCUGGUCGGCUCAGGGUCCGCCACCACCACCACCACCACCACCACCACUGACCCCGUGCACCUCCUGAGCGUGCAGCCGGUGGGUCGGGGGGCGCUGCUGGAGGUGCUGCUGGCGGUGGAGAGCCCGGACGGGGGGUUCUACAGCCCCAGCGAGCUGGCCCUGCGGCUGGGGGACGUGGGCGAGGCGCUGGGCGGGCUGGCCAAGCUGGUGGCCGUGCUGGACCAGAGCUGCUCGGGCCGCCUGGAGUGCUCGGGGGACCAGGUGUGCGAGCAGAGCCUGACGCUGGACGCCGGCUCGCUGGUCACCUACAGCACCGCCCAGCUCAGCCUGGUGUCUCCGCGCUUCACCAGGACCGAGAGAUGCACCUGCCCAGGAGGUGCGUGUUCAGUGCCCCUGGAGCUGUGUGAGGGACAGGCGUGUCCUCAGGACAUGCAGUGCGUGCGCACCGGCCCCACAGCGCCCUCUGUCUGUCAGUGCCAACCUGGCAGCCUGGAGCAGUGUGCAGGCCAGACCUCCCUGAGCUUUGCGGGGAACAGCUACAUUAAGUACCGAGUGACGGACAGCAGCUGGAGUGGGGACAUGAAGCUGAGCCUCCGCAUCAGAACACUGCAGAGCAGAGGGGUCAUCAUGUACACACGCGGAGACCCCUGCACCAUGCUCAAGAUUGAGGAGGGCCGCCUGUGUUUCCAGCUGGACUGUGACAACAGCGCGGACGUGCUGGGCAUCUCGGGCCGGCCAAUCAACGACGGGCGCUGGCACGCGGCCACGCUGGAGCUGACGCAGAACUCCACGCUGCUCUCGCUGGACGACAGCUACGUGGAGAGCCGCCGCGCCGCCCGCGCACCUCUGCCCGUCUGGCCCCUCGCCACCGACGGCUCGCUCUUCUUCGGAGCGCAGGUGCGUCCCCCUGCGCUGCGUCUAAAGAGGCCCCCGCGUGCCCAGGGGGGGUUCCAGGGCUGCCUGGGCGGGAUGGUGCUCAACGGCAACGAGCUGCCGCUCCAGAACAAGCGCAGCCGCUACGCCGAGGUGGCCGCCGUCAGCGAGGUCAAGCUGGGCUGCAUCCUCUACCCGGACCCCUGCGCCACACAGCCAUGCCUCAACACGGCCCUCUGCACCAGCCUGCCCUCUGGAGCGUUUGAGUGCAGCUGCGGCGCGCAGUACACCGGGGAGCGCUGCGAGAGCGAGGUCACGUCCUGCACGCCCAACCCCUGUCAGAACGGAGGAGACUGCAAGGCUGUGGGCACCACCUUCCUCUGUGGCUGUCCCAAAGGAUUCGCCGGCCUCCUAUGUGACGAGGACGUGAACGAGUGUGAGCGCGAGGAGUGUGAGAACGGCGGCUCGUGCGUGAACACGGUGGGCGCGUUCUACUGCAACUGCACGGCGGGCUACGAGGGCCAGUUCUGCAGCCUGCUGUCGGCCGAGCUGCCCGACACGGAGGUGACGCCGCUGACCUACGUGGGGCCCGUGGAGAUCAUCGGCAUCGGCGUGCUGGCCUUCGUGGUGCUCGUGCUGCUCGUGCUGCUGGCCAUCUUCCGCAAGCAGAUCCUGCGCAAGGACUGGGCGCGCGGCGAGGCCGUGGGCAUGUCCACCGAGGCCAGCUACAUGCUGCACAAGACGGGCACGGGCGCCGAGGGCAUCGAGUUCAAGGCCGUGCGCGUGGCCGGGGCCACGGGAGGAGCCGCCGCCGCCGCCGCCGUGGGCCACCAGGGGCAGCGCUCGGGCGCGCUCUACGCCAGCGACGGCCCGCCGCAGGUCCUGGUGCGGCCCACGGCCUACGCCGCGCCCCACAGCCCCGCGGGCGACGGCCGCAUGAGCCCCGACCUGGACAAGACGGAGUCGUCCUCGGCCACCACCAGCGGCCUGGCCACGCUGUCCUACCCGCCGCUGAUGAGCCGCUUCCAGGCGGACGCGGCGGCGCCUCACUUCCUGGACGGCGGCGUGGGCCGCAGGGGCGUGGCCGUGUGCAGCGUCGCUCCGCACCUCCCCGCCAUCCUGCCCGGCCACGCCGAGCGCAGCCCCGUCCACAAGCCGCCCUGGGAGACGGACGCCUACCACUACCAGGACGCCGACACCGAGGAUGGCCACGACCACGACCACGACCGCGACGACGACGGCACGGAGGGGACAGAGGAGGAGGAGGAGGAGGAGGAGAGCCAGGAGAGCGGCUCUCUGGAGUGGCAGCACACGCCCUACCGCCCCGACAGCAGAGCCAGCGGAGCCAGACCGCAGGAUGUGUCGAACUUAGUGGAGGAGGUGACAUGUUUCUCAGAUAACAAUUCCGAGGCACGCUCGCUUCGCUCGUUCCAGUCGGACUCCUGCGAUGAUAACGCCUCCAUUGUAACGGUCAUUCGACUGGUCAAUGACACAGUGGACACCAUUGAGAACGAAGGUAUUCAAGCACAUCUUAAAGCACUGUUUAGGCCCCCGCGUGCCCAGGGGGGGUUCCAGGGCUGCCUGGGCGGGAUGGUGCUCAACGGCAACGAGCUGCCGCUCCAGAACAAGCGCAGCCGCUACGCCGAGGUGGCCGCCGUCAGCGAGGUCAAGCUGGGCUGCAUCCUCUACCCGGACCCCUGCGCCACACAGCCAUGCCUCAACACGGCCCUCUGCACCAGCCUGCCCUCUGGAGCGUUUGAGUGCAGCUGCGGCGCGCAGUACACCGGGGAGCGCUGCGAGAGCGAGGUCACGUCCUGCACGCCCAACCCCUGUCAGAACGGAGGAGACUGCAAGGCUGUGGGCACCACCUUCCUCUGUGGCUGUCCCAAAGGAUUCGCCGGCCUCCUAUGUGACGAGGACGUGAACGAGUGUGAGCGCGAGGAGUGUGAGAACGGCGGCUCGUGCGUGAACACGGUGGGCGCGUUCUACUGCAACUGCACGGCGGGCUACGAGGGCCAGUUCUGCAGCCUGCUGUCGGCCGAGCUGCCCGACACGGAGGUGACGCCGCUGACCUACGUGGGGCCCGUGGAGAUCAUCGGCAUCGGCGUGCUGGCCUUCGUGGUGCUCGUGCUGCUCGUGCUGCUGGCCAUCUUCCGCAAGCAGAUCCUGCGCAAGGACUGGGCGCGCGGCGAGGCCGUGGGCAUGUCCACCGAGGCCAGCUACAUGCUGCACAAGACGGGCACGGGCGCCGAGGGCAUCGAGUUCAAGGCCGUGCGCGUGGCCGGGGCCACGGGAGGAGCCGCCGCCGCCGCCGCCGUGGGCCACCAGGGGCAGCGCUCGGGCGCGCUCUACGCCAGCGACGGCCCGCCGCAGGUCCUGGUGCGGCCCACGGCCUACGCCGCGCCCCACAGCCCCGCGGGCGACGGCCGCAUGAGCCCCGACCUGGACAAGACGGAGUCGUCCUCGGCCACCACCAGCGGCCUGGCCACGCUGUCCUACCCGCCGCUGAUGAGCCGCUUCCAGGCGGACGCGGCGGCGCCUCACUUCCUGGACGGCGGCGUGGGCCGCAGGGGCGUGGCCGUGUGCAGCGUCGCUCCGCACCUCCCCGCCAUCCUGCCCGGCCACGCCGAGCGCAGCCCCGUCCACAAGCCGCCCUGGGAGACGGACGCCUACCACUACCAGGACGCCGACACCGAGGAUGGCCACGACCACGACCACGACCGCGACGACGACGGCACGGAGGGGACAGAGGAGGAGGAGGAGGAGGAGGAGAGCCAGGAGAGCGGCUCUCUGGAGUGGCAGCACACGCCCUACCGCCCCGACAGCAGAGCCAGCGGAGCCAGACCGCAGGAUGUGUCGAACUUAGUGGAGGAGGUGACAUGUUUCUCAGAUAACAAUUCCGAGGCACGCUCGCUUCGCUCGUUCCAGUCGGACUCCUGCGAUGAUAACGGUAGGGUGCUCACACACGCAGCCUCCAUUGUAACGGUCAUUCGACUGGUCAAUGACACAGUGGACACCAUUGAGAACGAAGUGGCCACUCUGGGGGAGAUGCAGAGCUAUGGAGUCAAUGCGUACCACUGGGAGACAUCUGAGUGGGUUCCGGAGCCAUGUUUGCCCAGCGUUGAGAUGCCCCCUCAGUUCCGCCCCGAGCGCCCUCCCUCCAGGCACCCCAGCCACGGCGACACCCUCUCCCUCUCCAAAGACCUCCCCCUGAGGGCCUUCAACAACGACCAUGACCACGACGAUGAUGAUGAUGAUGACGUUCUGGACUACCAUACGUCUGUGCACGAUGUGGAGGAGUGUUCGUCCCCCGUCUACGCCGAGUACGGGGAUCAGGACCUUUACGACACACUGCCCGCCACGAGGCCCCUCUACCCAGGCGGGUAUCCGUGCGAGGGCAGGGGCAGAGGGAGGUCCAGCCUGGGCACCAGCCCCUGCCCCAGCCCCAGCCCCAGCCCUGGCCAGGCCUGCUACCUGACCGGCUCGCUGUACCUGCCGCCGCUGCGGGCCUGGGACGAGCGGCCGCAGAGCUGGGCGCCGGAGGUGCCGCCACUGAGAGCGGGCAGCCUGCGUGACGUGGGGACGCUGCUGGAGCGCACGGCCAACCCCAGGCCCCGACGCACGCCCAGCAGCCUGCGCAACCCCCCCAGCUCCAUCCGGGACCUGACCGAGUACAGCCACCUGCGGACCCCCCAGGGUUCCGUGCGGGACUUAGCACACUACGGUCACCAAGGUUCCGUCCGGGACUUGGCACAGUAUGGUCAUCGGGGUUCCGUCCGGGACUUGGCACAGUACGGUCAUCAGGGUUCUGUCCGGGACUUGGCACACUACGGUCAUCAGGGUUCCGUCCGGGACUUGGCACAAUACGGUCAUCAGGGUUCUGUCCGGGACUUGGCACAAUACGGUCAUCAGGGUUCCGUCCGGGACUUGGCACACUACGGUCAUCAGGGUUCUGUCCGGGACUUGGCACAAUACGGGCAAGCGCGAACGCCCCAGGGUUCUGUCCGGGACUUGGCACAAUACGGGCAAGCGCGAACGCCCCAGGGUUCUGUCCGCGACCUGUCGCAGUACAGUCACCUACGAACCCCCCAGGGUUCCGUUCGGGACCUGUCCCAGUACGGCCGUAGGUACUAA